AUGCGUAUUGCACUGCUCCUACCUCUGCUGCUCCUGCUCCUGCUCCUGCUAGGGCCGCGGCUCCGGGCUGCCAGUGGCUCUGAGCCGACGCUACCCACCGUGGUCCUUGCCAUCUUGGCCCGCAAUGCUGAACACUCUCUGCCCCACUACCUGGGUGCGCUGGAGCGCCUGGACUACCCCCGGGCCAGGCUGGCCCUCUGGUGUGCCACAGAUCACAACGUGGACAACACCACAGGGAUGCUCCAGGAAUGGCUGGCUGCCGUGGGCCGUGACUAUGCGACUGUGGUCUGGAAGCCUGAGGAUGAGGCCAGGUCCUAUCCAGAUGAGCAGGGGCCCAAGCACUGGACCAGAGAAAGGCAUCAGUUUUUGAUGGAGCUGAAGCAGGAAGCACUGGCUUUUGCCAGGGACUGGGGAGCUGACUACAUCCUGUUCGCAGACACAGACAACAUUCUUACCAAUAACCAAACACUGAGGCUUCUCAUAGAUCGGCAAUUGCCAGUGGUGGCCCCGAUGCUGGACUCCCAGACCUAUUAUUCCAACUUUUGGUGUGGGAUCACUCCACAGGGCUACUAUCGCCGUACAGCUGAAUACUUCCCUACUAAGAACCGCCAGCGCCAGGGCUGCUUCCGGGUUCCAAUGGCCUCCACCUUCCUGGUAUCCUUGCAGACGGAGGAAACAGCCCGACUUGCCUUCUACCCACCUCAUCCCAACUAUACUUGGCCUUUUGAUGACAUCAUUGUCUUCGCCUAUGCCUGCCAGGCUGCUGGGGUCUCAGUGCACGUGUGCAACGACCAUCGUUACGGAUACAUGAAUGUGGGCGUGAAACCCCACCAGGGGCUGGAGGAAGAGAAGACCAACUUUAUCCACCUGAUUUUGGAAGCACUAGUGGACGGGCCCCCCAUGAUGGCCUCAGCUCAUGUAUCUCGGCCCCCAAAGAAGCCCAGCAAAAUGGGGUUUGAUGAAGUCUUUGUCAUCAGCCUGGCCCGCAGACCCCAGCGCCGGGCUCGAAUGCUGAGCUCUCUCUGGGAGAUGGAGAUCUCUGCCCGGGUGGUAGAUGCUGUGGAUGGCAGGACACUCAACAGCAGUAUCCUCAAGCACCUUGGUGUGGACCUGCUCCCUGGCUACCAGGACCCCUACUCAGGCCGCACCCUGACCAAGGGUGAGGUGGGCUGCUUCCUCAGCCACUACUCCAUCUGGGAAGAGGUGGUUGCCAAGGGCCUGGCCCGGGUGGUGGUGUUCGAGGAUGAUGUGCGCUUUGAGGACAACUUCCGGAAGCGUCUGGAACGGCUGAUGGAGGAUGUGCUGACUCAGAAGCUGUCAUGGGACUUGAUCUACCUUGGCCGGAAGCAGGUGAACCCUGAGGAGGAGGUGGCUGUGGAGGGACUGCCUGGUCUCGUGGUGGCCGGGUACUCUUACUGGACACUCGCAUACACCUUAAGCCUGGCGGGCGCUCGCAAACUGUUGGCCUCUCAGCCUCUGCACAGAAUGCUACCGGUGGAUGAGUUCCUGCCUGUCAUGUUUGAUCGUCACCCAAAUGACCAGUACAAAGCACACUUCUGGCCUCGGGAUCUCCAAGCCUUCUCAGCCAGGCCUCUGCUUGCUUCUCCCACCCACUAUGCGGGAGACACCGAGUGGCUCAGUGACACGGAGACAUCCUCCCCUUGGGAUGACGACAGUGGCCGCCUCAUUAGCUGGACUGGCUCUCAAAAGACCCUUCGUGGCCCCUACCUGCACCUGGCUGGCAGCAGUGGACAUAGCCUCCACCCUCACCCUAGGGAUGAACUGUAGCCCAGGAGGUCCCAGCAGGAACUCCAAAGGAGCAAUGAGAGCGGAGAGGAAGAGUUGACAGAGCCAUCGGAAACCUGACUGCUAGCCUGGGCUCAGCCCGUCUUCUACCCUCUGGACCCAUUCCAGGGUGGGAGAACCACUCAUAGACAGAGUCCGUUCCUGAAGGUCACAUUGAAGAGACUAAGACCCCAAGGCUCUUGACUCUGCAUGUAAAUUUAGAGCCCAGUUGGCUCAGGGACAGGGGGGCCUCAGCCUUGGGGGUUUCAAGUUGGUCAGAGCCCAGAACCCUGGCCUCUCUGAGGACUCAGCUACUUUGCCUCCAUCUACCUCCGCCUCGGCUCCCUCCCCGCUUCCCAUCUAGGGCUCAUUAGCACCUCUUUCCUGGCUGGUGGAAAGUGCAGGAAGAUGGGAGGCAUACCUGGUGCUCAACACACAGUAGGCCUUCAAUAAAAGCUGUCUGCAUUAGCACUUUAUUUUUUACUAA